CUCUGAGGGUCACUAAUGCUCUGUUGCCAUGGAUAUACUGAAAAUAGUGAUGUUGAUGGUGUUGCUGGCAGAGGUAGGGUGUGGGAAGAAGUCUCAGUUUUUCUGCCAGAUUUUGUAUUUAGAGUCAAUGACAACCAACGCUGCUGGCUCAGCUGGAAGAGAUAAUGAACAAUGACUCUGUUCCAUGGUCCAACAGAAUCACCUCCUGCUCUAGCCUUUUGCAUGAUUCUGAUGAGUUUGCUGACCUCUCCUUCCUUCCCAUGGCAGGACCAUUUUGUGCAGGAUCCAGCUGUGCUGCGGGAGAGAGCUGAAGCCAGGCGGCUGGCCUACCUUGCGAGGAAGGGGCACAAGCAUGACAACUCUGCUGUUGUUGGGAAUGUGAAGGGACACGGGCAGAACCGGGAAACAGUGCAGGAACGAAGGAAGAAGGAAGCAAACAAAAGCACAAGAGCUAACCAUAAUCGACGAGUCAUGGCUGACAGAAAGCGGAAUAAAGGCAUGAUUCCUUCCUGAAAGACGCUUAGUGCAGGCGUUGCAUCAUCC